AUCCCUCUGGCCUGGUUGUUCCGGUAGAGAAAGUGGUUGGCUCGAAGCAUCUUUAAGAGAGAGUCUUCAUUCUCCCUCUCUUCUUUCACUUCCUGACAGCGAAAGAGAUCAUUCAGUCUCCCGAUUCGCUCUGCUUCAGGUUCAUCCGUCUCCCUGCUGCUUCUCUCGGAGACCACCUUUGCUGGGCAGUUACUUAUUUCAUAUGGCCAGAAAGAAGUUCAACAUGAUAUCGCUUCUUAUUUACAUAUCAUAUAUUACAGUGGCACUCGGUAAUGAUAUUCCCUCUGAUAAAGCAACUGAAUUCCUUGUAGAGGAUGACAGUACAACUCCACAAACAUUUAAUAGCACUGAAACAACAAUGAACAAUACCGAAACAAAAAUUAAUGAAAUGGAAUCAGAUCCUAAUAAAGGAAGAUUCGUUUCUCUUACAAAGGAUCUAAUAGUUGAAAGUACAGAAAAUUCGAAUGAGCAGACCAUCGGAGAUCUCGUUUCCAAAUCCACUGUCGAUAAUUUCCCAAUUGAAAUUACUAGUGAGUCUGAAGUGUCCGUUACAGAAGAUAUACCAUUUACACCAUUUAGUUCUAUGGGCGAUGCAGAAAACAUAACAGAAGCAUUUUCCACUGAUGGAGAAAUUUCGUCAAUUAUAAACUCAACGGACGCUUCGAAUGAUGGCUUUAGUUCAACAAUCCGAAAGAUGAAACGUGACGAAUCUGAAGAAAUUCUUACAAAAAGUAUGAUGACAACUCUAAAUCUUUCGAAUAUUAAUGAAACCCGUCUGUACACUGAUUCAGAUGCAACCGAACCGUUACCAAAUUUAAUUACUCUUCAUCAGCAAGAACAGGAGAGCAAACCAUAUUAUAUUACUACAUUGACUGAAGAUCGUGCAGAAUUUGAUGCAAAUGAAACUCUAAUAACGACACUAGAAAUGCCUGGGCAACCAGAAGACAUAAAAAUAAUUGAAGCCGAAUUGGAAGGAAGUACUGAAAACCAGUAUCAAAGAGUUUCUCCUCAGUACGAUGGAGCACCUGAUAGUUCUACUAUGGAAGAAACUAAAUUAAACUACAAUAACCCUAUUGGCACAACACUCCGAGAGCAGCGUGAUGGACGGGAUGAAGCAGAUAUCGACUCAAAAGAAACCAUUAUGAAUAAUCCUCAAUCAAAUCAUGGUGCAAGCACAAAUUUUGACCUAGAAAAAGAGAAUGUAAGCGAAAAUAAUGAAGAUUCAUCUACAGAAAUGAGAUUAACAGUUAAUUCUACACGGAUUCCCAAGAGAAUACAAAAUAGACAGGAUCGUUAUCCAGAGGGUCGAGUCAGGCCUGCUCGCCCAGACCCAGGUUAUACUCAUCGUCAAGAAACCGAUUUGGUGAGACCUUACAGACCUGAUUCACCUAUAAAUCAAUACCCAUAUUAUAGGCCUACUCCCGAUUACCGCACUCCUGUGAUACGACAAGAUACUGAUUAUACCAGACCAGCUAGACCUGAUCCUGAGAAUCAGAGGGCCUCUUUCAGACCAAAUUAUGCUUACUCAAAGACAUCGCAAGAAGAAAAAUUCUCAACUCGUCAGUCUUCUUAUGAAUCUGUUACAACUAAACCAUACAGACCAUCUUUCAAUCAUCCUUAUGUUCCACAAGGCAGUUUUGGACGACCGUAUCGACCUGAUUACCAGAGACCAUCUCCUAAACCUUCUGAAGCAAUUACAUACAAACCAAGUACUAGCGGCUCAUCUGUUCAUGAUAUAGAAUUGUUUGAACAUUCCAGAGCUGAUUAUGAAUACACAAGGCAAUCUGAAUCUGUUCCCAUUUACACAAAGAAUUCUGCUUCAGAAAGUCGUAAACCAAUAAAGUCUGAAGAAACUAGACCAUAUUCAGCUAACAGGCCUGCAUAUGAUAUUAUCACCGAAGACUCUUUACAAUUAAAUCCACUCUCUAAUGAGGCAGGUGUAAAAAUUCCAAAGCCGAGCUCAGAAACUGCAAGACCUGUUGGUUUUUAUCCAAAACCUGGAUUUGGAAGCAAUUACCUUCCUUCUGAUACUUCUGUUAAACCUUUUUCUGUUGGAACUGUUGUGUCAGCGAAGAACUUGACAAGGGUUGAAUAUAUCAAAGCUGAUUGUUUUGAUAAUUACAUGAAAGUUACUAUGCGCUUCAAUGGAACUUUUGAUGGUCUUGUAUAUAGCUCUGGUUAUACUCAAGAUACAUCGUGCAACUAUGUAAACGGAUCAGGAAGAAAUCACUAUGAGUUUUUCAUCCGUUUAAAUCGAUGUGGAACUCUGGGUCAACAAGAAGUUUCUGAGGACAAUUUAGGACCGAUAACCAGGAGGAGGCAAGAAAGAGCUCAGUAUUUAGUGAAUACUGUCACUGUUCAGUACAAUCCAGUUAUUGAAGAAGAUAUAGACGAACAUUUUCGAGUCACUUGUGAAUAUGGCUAUGAUUUUUGGAAAACAGUCACGUUCCCUGUUAUAAAUGUGGAAUCUUCUAUUGCUAGGAGCGCCUCCGUGAAACUGCGGACGGGAAGUCCUGUUGUCUUCACUCUGCCACCACCACAAUGUAAUAUGGAAGUGAGAAGAGGUUUUGGUCCCUCCGGCCUAAGAAUUUCCGGCCCUGUCAAUGUAGGAGAUCCCAUCACUUUAGUUAUUCAUAUGAAGAGCGAAUCUACCGGAUUUGAUAUUUUAAUCAGCAACUGUAUUGCCCACAAUGGGGCUCAAAAACGUCUCCAACUCAUUGACUCGCACGGAUGUGUUGCUCAAGAAAAACUGAUAAGUCCUUUCCGCGGAGUCAGUAGUCCUGAUCGAUCUCAGCAAGUCACAUUGUAUUCGUAUCUCAAAGCCUUCAGAUUCACCGGUAGCCCAGCUUUGUAUCUUGAAUGUGAUGUCCACAUGUGUCAUGGUUCCUGUCCGCCUCAAAGAUGCUACUGGCGUAAUUUGUACAAAAGAUCGGCAGAAGAAUUAACAACUAAAGCCACCACAGAAGCUGAAAAUAGUGUGGUUUCAGAAAGUGUCAGUCUGUUCCAAGCUUUAGAAGUUAGGCAUGUAGAAGUUGAUACUCCCCUGGCACUGCGAAGCUUGAAUUGGAAAAAUGAUGACGAUAUGGUUUGCUUAAGAACCGGAGGAUUCGCAGCAAUGUUUGCUUGUAUUCUACUCCUGUUGCUCCUGGCAAUUUCUGCAGCAAUUUGUAUGUGUUUACGAAUACGAAGGAUGAAAAAUUAUAUGGAAACCCCAGACACAAAACUCUUCGUAGAGUUCGAUGGACACAUACCUCUAAAAUAAUUCGAACAUGACAUGAAAAGAACUGUUUUCAGCCCGUACUUAACGCCCUGUUUAUUCACAUCAUAUCAUCAAAAAAGUUAACAAUUGGAGAAUUUUCAAAUUUUGACCCACGCAGCUGUAUGUUUCUCAUACUUACUUCGUAAUGUUCUAAUUCACUGUUAAUAUCAGCAUUCCAUUAUAUUGUCUCCUUCAGCAGCUUUCGAAGCUUGGUUGUAAGCUUCAACGCCUGGAGCGUAUUUUAGUGCUCUUCAUCAGUUGAAUCUCAUAUUCGCUGUCUAACUACGUUCAAUACGAUAAAAUUCAUCUGUUUUCUAGUCUUAGCGUAAUCAAUGCAUUCUUUAUCUUGGAUGGUGCACAAAUUGGUUUCUAUUUAGCCCUGCACAAAAACAAUUGCCCUUUUCAUGAAAACUUCGUUUGCUUUUCGGCUGAAACAAAAUUACCUUUUUCAGCUUCACGUUCACACAUUUCAUUUUAAUGGCGUAAUCUUUAUUUUCAUCUUUAAAGUAUAUCAACUUGGGUUUUUCUCUCUCUAAACAUUAUAGGGAGAAAUAAGUUAACAAUAAUGCAACAAACUUUUCAGCUGUAUAAUUUAUGAUACAUUAAAAGUAUUGCCAUCUUCAGAAUAAAUCAAAUGACUGUGCAGAAAUUUGAAUCAUGGUUCUUUCGCCAAUUAUUGAAAAACAAAAAUAACAAAUUUAAAACAUCUGUCCUGUUAACUCCAAAUAAGCUCCAUUUCAGUUUAGCAUAUCACUAACAUUUUUCUUCAACAUGCAUUGUGGCAUCAUUUAAUGUUUUAUUUAUUUUAUUUUUUUUUGUUAUUUGUUAUAAUACUGGAACAACAGUUGAAAACAGUGUUUCAGAUUGCAACGUUUUCAUUUUUCCGUAUUCGAAAAAGUGAUAAAACCAAGAUAUAGUCACUUUUUUCAGCUAAAACGGUCUCGUUAUUUAUUUUACAAUAUAUCUUGUAUUUUGUGGUUUUCACGGUUUAAGACUGGGUUUGUAUUUUACCACUUGUUAUGAAUAUUUAGUUUGUGGAGAUUAUCCUACCCGAACUUCGGGUUGUUCUGGUGCAAUUUGUGUUUAGUAUAAUUGGGUUCCUAUCACUAGUACUGGUAUUCAAAUGUGUACUUAUUUUGCAUACUUGUAAUUUUUUUUAAUGCCGUAUCAUUUACCUACGGUAUUUU